AUGGAGGACGCCGCCGCCGCUGCUGCCAUGGCCUCCUCGGGCAAGGUCUUGAAUGCAACGGAGAAGGCGGAGCAAGCACGGAGCAUGUUUGGUGCGACCUACGAGGCUGCGCGGGCGGAUCCUGUGGACAUUCCGGCGCCCACGGGGGAGACUGGCCCUGACGGACAGCUGAUUGUCACCCACAAGUACGCCCACUUUGAUGAUGUCGGCAAGGUGGAGGACGAGAGCAAAGUGGAAGGCCCCUAUGCGAUUCUCAAGAACCACCAGGACGCUGCGAUCACGCUCUGCACAAAGGGUCGGUACUUUGAGGGCGUGGGAUGCUGGGAGCACUGCAAGUUCGAGUAUCCGAUUGGGACGCUGAGCCAGUGCUGGAAGGAAGAUUGUCCCAAAGGUUGGUCGGAGGUGGCUGGUGGAUUCUGCAAGAAGAACGGCAUCAAUGUCAAUACGAAGCCCAAAGGCAGCUACAGCCGCGGCGAGAUGAAGUCACCCAAGACAUGCAAGCUUGGUGACUCCUUUGGCCCUGGAGCACAGCCAGACAACGGAAAUCGCGAUGUGACCGUUGUCAUGUUGUCGGAUGUGCAGCUUCCCUGGUGCCACAAGGAGGACUCCCGCAUGGACAUGCCAUGCGCCCUAGAGGAUAACUUUUACAUGAUCCAGGGCAUCAAGGCCCUCGAGAGUUUGUCAUGGGUGGAGGGUGACGUGGACCCGGUGGCGACGCCCCUUGGAGUGUUCAUCGCCGGCGAUCUGACGGCUUUCGGCUCGAGAAAUCAGUACAUAACCUAUCGGAAGCUCUGGGAGACGCGGGACGACGAGAGCUCCAACAAGAACAACAAGCUGCCUAUCUGGCCGGGUCUCGGCAACCAUGACUACGCCAACAACAUCGAGGGCUGCAACACUCUCUUGGAGGAGCCAACGUGGGCACCCUAUGCGAUGAACGGCUGUGCUCAGCGAAUGUUGACCUACGUCCGCGCCGCCGUCGCCAAGUGCGGAGACGAAACUGUCGUGAAAAGCUUUGGUGGCUUUGUGGACCAUUACCACAAGGACUCGGCGGCAUAUACCGUUCGCUAUGGCCGCAUCCGUUUUGUGCACUUGCACAACUAUCCGACCUUUCGGCGUGAGCAGCUGACGGGCAUGGCCUCCACCAUCGGCUUUCUGAAAGACGAGGUGGCUGAGGCAAGCAAGACAGAGGAUUACCUCGUGCUGGUUAUGCAUGACAUGGGCCAGCACUUCAGCCCCGAGGCACACGACGGCCAGGUAGAACGCUACGACUACUUCUCCAACAUUGUCGCGGGCUCCAGGACACUGGCUGUUUUUGCCGGCCAUCUUCAUCCAACUGGUGGAAUGAAAAGAGGCUUUCUGCAAGACUCCCGGCCUAGGGAGUACACUCUGCUGCAGAACACCUGGGGGGAGAACAUCCCCGUGAUCCGGAACUGGGCUUCCUCGGAGCAGCGCUUCGUCGUGGCGCAGGUGAACGUCGCCCGCU